GCUCAGCAGAUGCUGUCUGCCUGUCAGGAGAAGAUUGACGUGUCCAACACUGAGGGCUACGAACUCUUCAUCAACCAGCUGAAAGAAGGCCUGAAGAAUACCUCACACGAGACAGCAGCCAAUCACAAAGUGGCCAAGUGGGCGACGGUGACCCUCCACCUUCCCCAUCACGUGCUGAAGCUUGUGGUCGGGGCCAUCGUCACCGAGUUGAAGAAGAUUAAUCAGAACGUAGCUGCCUUGUCUGUGGCCUCCUCCAUCAUGGACCGGCUCUCCUACCUCCUGUCCAGUGCCAGGCCUGAGCUCGGGGUGGGCCCCGGGCGCUCUGUAGAUCGAUCGCUGAUGUACAGCGAGGCCAACAGACGGGAGACGUUCACAUCAUGGCCACACGCUGGGUACAGAUGGGCUCAGCCUGACCCAAUGGCUCAAGCAGGGUUUUACCACCAGCCUGCCUCAACAGGGGAUGACAGAGCCAUGUGUUUCACCUGCAGUGUGUGUCUGGUCUGCUGGGAGCCUACAGAUGAGCCCUGGUCUGAGCAUGAGCGACAUUCUCCCAACUGUCCGUUCGUAAAGGGAGAGCAUACGCAGAAUGUUCCGCUGUCGGUGACGCUCGCAACAAGCCCCGCCCAGUUUCCCAACAGCCCCGACAGUUCGGACAAGAUUGCAUGUUAUGGUUUUGGCAGCUGCCCGCAGUUCCUGGCUGCGGCCACAAAGAGGGGCAAGAUCUGUAUCUGGGAUGUUUCCAAAAUGAUGAAGGUGCACUUGAAGUUUGACAUCAACCCGUACGACCCGGUCAUCCUCAGGCAGCUGGUSCUGUGCAGCGGGGAGCAGGGCCAGCAAGUUCUGACCGAGUCUCGGAGACCAACUCUGACCUGGCUGGAGGAGUCAUCGUCCUGCUCCGACCUGCCCAAGCUGGAGGGAGACAGUGAUGACCAGUUGGAGGACUCAGACAGUGAAGAGCAUUCCCGGUCAGAGUCUGUAACAGGCCACCCGUCCCAGUGGGAGAGCAUGGACCUGAACCUCGGAGUGUCCGCACUAAGUGUGCUCCAUCAGCCGGAGAAGCUUCAGUGGGAGGUGGUGGCCAGUGUACUGGAGGACACGGUGAAGGAUUUGGAGGAGCUGGGGGCCAACCCCUCAUUAAACCAAACCAAGACCCACAGCCAGGCUAAAACUAAAGACAAGGUGUCCGAACACCACAACAUUCCCUUUCCCUGCCUGUUGGCUGGAGGCCUGCUCAGCUACUGCUCAGCAUCCAGCACCCCCAUGCCUGUGCCCCCCACCCUARCCUCAUCUUCAAUACGUAGGACCACAGGGGGUCCACACAGGACUCAGGUCCCUGAGCCUUUUCCUGGACCUCUACAGGAACAGGGUCCCAUGGAGAUAGACCCUUGUAAUCCCCAGACUGCAACCCAGGAGCAGGGUUUUUCUAAUCUGCCGGGUUCUCAGCUUUCGAGCCCCACCACUAUGCCAGCUAUACGUAGGACUAUACCGGUGCUGUUGCUGUACAGCAUCAGAGAGGUGGACGAUAAGUCCUCGGGACAGGUCUUUGCUCAGAUGAACAACCUAAUGAGCAAGGGGCUCCACGAGGAGGGCUUCACUGUGCCACAAAUCAUCGAGAUGGAGUUUGAUACUCACGAGCAGCUUCUCCUUCAGGAUCCUCCCAUCACCUACAUCCAGCAGUUUGCUGACGCAGCGACUAAUCUGGCAGGGCUGGACGGUCACAUGGACAAAUGGAGCACGCUGGCCGCAGCGACGGUCUCCACUCCGCCUCGGCCUGGAGCACUGGUGCAGUGCUUGAGGCUUCCCAAACAGCUGGAGGAAGAGAAUCUCUACGUGGACUCCAUCACGCCGUGCUGGGACGGAGUCCACCUUCUGGUUUGCCUGCAGCCCUGUGGCUCRGAGUCUCUGAGUGCGACAAACCAAGUGGAGGCUCUGAACAAUCUCAACCGUCUCCAUUCAGCCUUGUGCAGCCAGCGCAAAGUAGACCCUCUUCACACAGUGGCCAAUGGGGUGGAGAGCCAUCACCCAGGUGGGUCACCGCCUCAGACUCCCCUCAUUCUACCCCCGGGAGACCAACAGCAGCAGCAGAGGUCUCCGCGUCGUGGCAGUGGAGGGGGCUAUCUUGCUCUCUACAAGCUUAACUACUCCACCCGCAUCGUCACUUUGGAAGAAGAGCCAAUUAAGGUGCAGCAAAUCAGGGACCCUUGUGAUGCCAUUACCUCCCACAUACUCCUCCCACCAGAUGUGCUCGACAGCAGAGAAGACGAAAGCGAAGAGGCCUCUGAGGAGGGUCUCCCUUCAGCUCCAACAAAUGGGUUGUCUGGACCUGAAAUGGGUCCAGGAAGCUCUGCUGGAACUGGGACUGCAUGUGGAGCAGCCACAACCAGCAGCAGCAUUGGUGUCUCCGGUCUUUCCACCUCUGCCUCCAGCCACAAAGAGUGCCGGCGGGCAGAGAUGGCAGGCCUGGGUCACCUGGUGGUCACCACACAGGCUGGAUAUAUUAUGAUUUUGGAUUUGUCCACAUUGGAGGUCCUGGUCAAGGUGGAGCCACCUAAAAAGGAAGGGUUAGCUGAAGAAACAGACCCUUUUGUCUCAGUUACUUACUGCUCUGGGACCGACCGUCUCUGUGCCUGCACUAAAGGUGGAGAACUUCAUUUCCUUCAAAUUGGAGGUGUUUGUGAUGAUGUAGACGAUGGAGACAUGUUUAUUGAUGGCCCCCUUUCUAAAGGGGCUGAACCGCUGCUUGAGGGGGCCAAGCCUUCCUCCAACCCAUCCAGUCCUGGAAUCACAGGAGUGGACCUCCUGGUGGACCAACCUCUGACCACUGAGAGUCUCAUGUCUUUGGUGGAGUUGACUCGCUUUGAGACACUGACGCCCCGCUUCUCGGCCACCGUGCCCCCAUGCUGGGUGGAGGUACAGCAGGAGCAGCAGCAGCGACGACACCCACAGCAUCUUCACCAACAGCACCAUGGAGACGCAGCCCAACACACCCGCACCUGGAAGCUCCAGAGUUACAGCUCCAGCUGGGACGAGCACGUGUUUGAACUGGUGCUGCCCAAAGCCUGCAUGGUUGGCCACGUAGACUUCAAGUUUGUCCUGAAUGCCAACAUUGUGAACAUUCCUCAGAUCCAGGUCACGUUAUUGAAGAACAAAGCACCGGGGCUGGGCAAAGUUAGCGAGACAGCAGUGGACAGACAGAUCUCAUUUCCUCUUUCAAACCUCCUCCAUGCCAACGGCGAGAACAACGGUCAGCCUCUGCUGCAGGACUUCACAGAGGACAUCCAGUUCAUGGACAUUGAGGAAACAUCAGGCUCUGUGUUGUGUCCGUUCCUCGAGGAUCACAAGGAGGACAUUCUGUGUGGUCCAGUGUGGCUGGCCAGUGGACUGGAUCUCUCGGGACACUCAGGCAUGCUCAGCCUCACCAGUCCCAAACUGGUCAAAGGCAUGGCAGGAGGGAAGUACCGCUCUUUUCUGGUUCACAUCAAAGCUGUGAGUGACAAUGGCAUUGAGGAGGGCCCGAGGCCCGUGCUGAGAAUGCCCAGUGCAAAGCCCCAAAGCUCCAAAGCCCACUCCCUGUCCACUCUGCUGCAACAGGCUCAGGCUUCCAAGGAGAGAGUCUCUUCAGGAAAAACUGAGAACUCUGCUCAGUCGAAGAAAGUUGAGAACCUGCGAGGCUGUGACCUGCUGCAGGAAGUUUCAGUCACAAUCAGAAGGUUUAAGAAGACGUCCGUACCCAAAGAAAGGGUGCAGCGCUGUGCUAUGCUGCAGUUCCCAGACUUCCACGAGAAGCUGCUGGAUGCUCUGUGUCGGCGGACAGAAGGCGGCCUGGCCACUGAGCACGCUCAAAGUCUCAUCCUUGACAUUUUGUGCUGGCUCGCUGGGGUUUUCUCCAACGGACCCUGCAGCAUCAGAGAAGGAAAGGAGGGCCUGCUUGCUAAAACCCAGACGAGGCUAAUGGAAAUUGUUCGGGUGUGUUUCUUUGAAGCGGGUCGCAGCAUAGCGCACAAAUGUGCUCGCUUUCUGGCACUUUGUAUUAGCAAUGGCAAAGGAGAACAAAGUCAACAGGGUUUUGGUGUGAGCCUCUUGAAGGCUCUGCUGGAUAAUAUGCCUUAUUUACCUGCAGCAGCAACAGGUGGUUCAGUGUUCUGGUACUUUGUGCUACUAAACUAUGUGAAGGAGGAGGACAUGGCAGCCUGUAGCACAACAUGCGCCUCGCUGCUCACGGCCAUCUCUCGACAGCUGCAGGACCGCCUCACUCCACUGGAGGCACUGCUACAAACCAGGUACGGUCUGUACAGCUCUCCUUUUGACCCGGUGCUCUUUGACCUGGAGGUCAGCGGUUCCUCCUGUAAGAACGCCUUCAGCAGCAGCAUCGGAGUUCAGUCAGAUGAGAUUGACCUCUCUGACAUCCUCUCAGGAAAUGGAAAAGUGAACAGCUGUGCAGCAGCAGAGGGCAGCUUCACAUCUCUGACUGGACUCCUGGAGGUGGAGCCUUUGCACUUUACUUGUAUCUCCACCAGUGAUGGAACACGGGUGGAACGAGAUGACGCCAGCAUGUUCACUGUCAGCACAUUCGGUGUGACGCCAACUGUGGGCGGCCUGUCGACGGGGACGGUCGGAGAAGCUUCGACGGCUCUGAGUUCUGCAGCUCAGGUGGCCCUUCAGUCUCUGUCUCACGCCAUGGUGUCAGCUGAGCAGCAGCUGCAGGUCCUGCAGGAGAAACAGCAGCAGCUGUUGAAGCUGCAGCAGCAGAAGGCGAAGCUGGAGGCUAAACUUCACCAGACCACCUCUGCAGCAGCUGCUGUUGCCUCUGGAGUGGGACCCAUCCACAACUCUGUGCCUUCAAACCCCUCGUCUGCUCCGGGCUUCUUCAUUCACCCCUCUGACGUCAUCCCGCCCACCCCAAAAACCACGCCUCUCUUUAUGACUCCUCCUCUCACGCCGCCCAACGAGGCGGUGUCUGCGGCCUUCAGCUCGGAGCUGGCUCACCUGUUUCCCGGCUCCAUGAUGGAGUCUGGGCCCGUCAACCUGGCUGCACACAAGAACACACAAAAGACCAAACCGAGCCCUAUGGGCAGUGGUCUUGCUCUGGCCCUUUCCCAGGCAUCUCACUUCCUGCAGCCUCCUCCACACCAAUCUAUCAUCAUAGAGCGAAUGCACUCAGGGGCUCGUCGGUUUGUUACGCUGGACUUUGGCCGUCCUGUCCUGCUGACGGACGCUCUGAUCCCGACCUGUGGUGACCUGGCCUCUCUAUCCAUCGACAUCUGGACUCUGGGGGAGGAGGUGGAUGGCCGCAGGCUGGUGGUGGCCACUGAUAUCAGCACCCAUUCACUCAUUCUACAUGACCUGCUUCCACCACCUGUCUGCAGGUUCAUGAAGAUUACAGUUAUUGGACGCUAUGGCAGCACCAGUGCACGGGCCAAGAUCCCACUGGGCUUCUACUAUGGGCACACAUACAUCCUUCCGUGGGAGAGUGAGCUUAAACUGAUGCAUGAUCCUCUGCGAGGAGAGAGCGAGGCUGCCAGCCAGCCAGAUGUGGACCAACAUCUGACCAUGAUGAUGGCUUUACAGGAAGAUAUCCAGUGCAGGUACAAUCUAGCAUGCCAUCGGCUGGAGACUCUUCUACAGAACAUUGACCUGCCACCUCUCAACAGCGCUAAUAAUGCUCAGUACUUCCUCCGUAAGCCAGACAAGGUGGUGGAGGAAGACCAGCGUGUUUUCUCUGCCUACCAGGACUGCAUCCAGCUGCAGCUGCAACUAAACUUGGCUCACCACGCCGUCCAGCGGCUGCGCGUCUCACUGGGCGCCAGCCGCAAGUCCCUGCCCACAGCAAGUCAUCCGGAGGCUCAGGAGCUGGUUCACAACUCGUCCACAGAGCAGCUGAGGACCAUCAUUCGGUACCUGCUGGAUACACUGCUCAGCCUGCUGCACUCCACUAAUGGACACUCUGUGCCCUCUGUGCUCCAGAGUACCUUCCAUGCUAAAGCCUGCGAGGAGCUCUUCAAGCAUCUCUGCAUCAGUGGGACUCCUAAGAUCCGUCUUCACGCCGGCCUGUUGUUGGUACAGCUCUGUGGAGGAGAACGCUGGUGGGGCCAAUUUGUCUCCAACGUGCUGCAGGAACUCUACAACUCUGAACAACUGCUCAUUUUCCCCCAGGACAGAGUCUUCAUGCUUCUGUCCUGCAUCGGCCAAAGAUCUCUCAGUAACAGUGGUGUGUUGGAGGGUCUCCUGAACCUCUUGGACAGCCUGUUGUCUCCACUGCAGCAGCCACAAGCUGCCGCUCAACGCAGGACUGAAGGUAUUUUGGAUAUUCCAAUGAUAAGCUGGGUCGUGAUGUUGGUUUCCAGACUKUUGGACUACGUAGCUAGUAUAGAAGAUGAGGCCUCAGGAGGGAAAAAGAACCUCGGUGGGAAGGAACGGGACAGACCUACAACAGGUAUUCAGUGGAGUUUCAUCAACAACAACCUUCAGUCUCAGAAUACAAACAGGUCAGCUAAAGGCAGCAGUAGCUUGGAUCGCCUCUACUCACGCAAACUUCGCAAGCAGAUUGUUCAUCACAAACAGCAGUUAAACCUCCUGAAAGCCAAACAGAAAGCUUUGGUCGAGCAGCUAGAGAAGGAGAAGAUCCAAAGCAACAAAGGUUCCUCCUAUAAACUGCUGGUGGAACAAGCCAAACUUAAACAAGCCACUUCCAAGCACUUUAAAGACCUGAUUCGUCUGAGGCGAACAGCCGAAUGGCCUCGUUCAACAUUGGAUGCAGAGUCCACAACAGCCAAAGAAGCCCCAGAAGUAGAACCUUUGCCCUUCACAUUGUCACAUGAACGCUGCAUCUCUGUGGUCCAGAAGCUCGCUCUCUUCCUCCUCUCCAUGGACUUCACCUGCCACGCAGACCUGUUACUUUUUGUCUGCAAGGUGCUCGCUAGAAUYGCUAAUGCUACCAGACCUACAAUCCACCUGUGUGAGGUGGUGUCUGAGCAGCAGCUGGAACGUCUUUUGYUACUGCUUGUGGGGACAGAUUUCAAUCGGGGGGACAUCUCCUGGGGUGGAGCCUGGGCCCAGUAUUCUCUGACAUGUAUGAUGCAGGACAUCCUGGCAGGUGAACUGCUGUCUCCCACUUCUCUGGAUGUCAUGGACGAGGUUGUGGUUGUGGGCGAGGAGGCCGGAGCGUCGUCUUCCUCAGCGGUGGCAGAUUCAGACGACUCUCUGGCUCAACAAGCAUCCAUCCCCCUGCUCGAGAGCAUUGAUGAAGCUCUGGUGCCUGAUAUCAUCGCAGGUACUGCAGGGACCUCCUCAGUGUUUCAAAGUGCUCCACCUCUGUCAUUUAUGGAAAAAGAUAAAGACAUAGACUUUGACUUGCUACAAGACCUGAUGGAUGUUGAUAUUGAUCCUUUAGAUAUUGAUUUGGAAAAAGAUCCACUCGCCGCYAAAGUGUUUAAGCCUAUCAGCAGCACCUGGUAUGACUACUGGGGGGCUGACUAUGGCACGUAUGGGUACAAUCUUUACAUUGGAGGAGCUGGUAUUCCAGGAACCAAACCUGUCGUUGCUGCCGAGAAGCCUGGUUCACAGAGUCUGACCGUCUCUGUGUCACAAGCACUGGAUGCCCGACUCGAAGUGGGCCUGGAGCAGCAGGCGGAGCUGAUGCUCAAAAUGAUGGCAACGUUACAGGCUGACUCCAUCCUGCAGGCUCUCAGUUCAAGUUCAUCCACAAUGAACCAGCCCUCCAAUGGGACUGACGACUCCCUGCUUCGAGCUCUCCACGGUGGGAGCUCUCCUCCAGUUGGCAGCCUGGUGGUCCAGCCCUCCUCCAUCCCUAUGCUGAGUGCCUGCUUCAACAAGCUCUUCUCCAUGCUGCAGGUCCACCACGUGCAGCUCGAGUCGCUGCUGCAGCUUUGGUUAACGCUCAGCCUCAACACGUGUUCUGGCGGCAGUGAAGAGACCGGCUCAGAUAUUUUCCUGUUCAAUUCCAGCCGAGUGCCCACCAUCCCACUCAACCAAGCAUCCAUCAGCAGUUUCCUGUCUGUGCUGGCGUGGUACCCCAACACUUCCCUGAAAACCUGGUGCCUGGUGCUGCACUCCCUCACUCUUAUGACCAACAUGCCAGCUGCUGCAACCAGCAGUGUGAUGAGCUCUCAGGAGAACACAGCUCAACAGAUGGUCUCUGACCCCAACCUGGUUCAUGUGCUGGUGCGCUUCCUGUCCAGCAGCAGCACCAACGGGACGARCCAACACAGCUCUCAGGUGGGACCCACCGCCACCCAGGCUAUGCAUGAGUUCCUGAGCCGGCUGCAGGUCCACCUGUCCUCCACCUGCCCCCAGAUGUUCAGCGAGUUCCUGCUUAAACUCAUGCACAUCCUGUCAACAGAAAGGGGUCCGUUUCAGUCAGGUCAGGGUCCACUGGAUGCUCAGGUGAAGCUCUUAGAGUUUACCUUAGAGCAAAACUUUGAAGUGGUGUCGGUGGCUACUAUCUCCUCCGUCAUCGAGUCCAUUACAUUCUUGGUUCAUCACUACAUCACCUGCUCAGACAAGGUAGUCUCCCGCAGUGGCUCAGAGAGCUCUGUGGGCGCCCGGGCCUGCUUCGGGGGUCUGUUCGCCAACAUCAUCCGACCAGGAGAUGUAAAGGCCGUCUGUGGGGAAACCACUCGCGACCAGCUGAUGUUCAACCUUUUAAAGCUGGUCAACGUGUUGGUGCAGCUCCCUCUGUCCGGAGACAGGGAGUUCAGUGGACGGCUGCCGCCGGUGGGCAGCGGAGCGGCUGACAGCAGCGUGUCGGACGAAGAGAAGGUCUGCGGCAGCAAGGAAAGUGUGGCUGGUGGAUCCGCUUUCAGCCACGGUCCUGCUGCAGGUGUGGCCGACUUGGUGUUGGCCAAUCAGCAGAUAAUGAGCCAGAUUUUGUCAGCACUGGGUCAGUGCAACAGCAGCGCCAUGGCCAUGAUCAUCGGAGCCAGUGGUCUCCAUCUUACCAAACAUGAGAACUUCCACGGUGGUCUGGAUGCCAUCUCAGUGGGUGAUGGCCUCUUUACCAUUCUCACCACUCUUAGCAAGAGAGCCAGCUCGGUCCAGGUUAUGUUACAACCCAUCCUCACAUACAUGGCCUGUGGUUACAUGGGUAGACAGGGGUCUCUGUCCACCUGUCAGCUGUCUGAACCACUCCUGUGGUUCAUCCUUCGAGUGCUGGACACCAGUGAAGCUCUAAAGGCUUUUCAUGACAUGGGUGGUGUGCAGUUGAUUUGUAACAACAUGGUAACAAGCACCAGAGCCAUUGUAAACACAGCACGCAGUAUGGUGUCCACCAUCAUGAAGUUCUUGGAUUCAGGUCCUGGAAAGACCGCAGAUGGGAAUCUCAAAUCCCGAGUGAUGACUUCAGAGCCGGACAAUGCAGAGGGACUCCACAACUUUGCUCCUUUAGGGACAAUCACAUCCAGUAGCCCCACAGCACAGCCAGCAGAGGUUCUCCUCCAGGCCACCCCACCCCACCGCCGGGCGCGCUCAGCUGCCUGGUCCUACAUSUUCCUGCCCGAAGAGGCGUGGUGUGACCUGACGAUCCACCUCCCAGCUGCUGUGCUGCUGAAAGAAGUCCACAUUCAGCCACAUCUUGCUUCUCUCGCCA